GGAGAGGGAGUGAGGGAGAGUUGUAGGAAGAAGACUGUGCUGCUAGGAAGGAGACAGAGAGAGAGAGAGAGAGAGAGAGAGAGAGAUCUCUAUCUAUCUUGUUGGUGAGAUCAGCAGCUGAAAGGCAAAAUCUUUGCAGAUGGGGAGGGAGGUUGCCAGCUUACGUAUCGACAAGAAAGCCAAUGUUGCCAAUUUAAAACCAAAUUGUACUGGUUAUGGAACAGUUGACAUUAAUGGCUCGGAGGCACUUGGAAGAGACGCGAAUAUUGAGGAUUGCCGUGAGAAGCAAGAUGUGCUAUCUGUUAAGAUCACAAAUUGUGAGGCCGGUGAGCCUGAGGGAAAAGUUGUGAAAGCUGACACUCUAAAGUUGAGUGAUAAGAAGUCGAACUCAACCGUGAAGCCUGCCUCGGAGUCUGCUAUUGUAGAUGCAACUUUAGACACAAACCCUGAUAUGUUGAAGUCCCCCGGCCCUGGUCUUGUUGCCAAGCAUCAUGCUAACGGUGUUGAGGCUACUGAUACUGGUUCGAACUGCUCUUCGAAAUCAAAUGAUCUGCACUCCCCGUUGAGUGCAAAAAGGUCACAGGUAUAG